CCAUUUCUAUUCUAUAUAACAACACUUCUCCUUACUCUCCAUUCUUAUCUAACCAUUUCUUUCAACUCUAUGCCACACAAAAUGGAUUCCACCAAAGUUUCAGCUCUUCUCUUUAUUUGCAUGUUCUUCACUUCCGCCGCAGCUACUGCAGUUAACCCUGACUGCGGCGCUUGCAAACCACCAAAGAAGGGUCAUAAGGGUGGUGGUGGAGGAGGAGGUGGUGGCCUUGUGCCACCUAUUGUUAAACCUCCGAUUAACUUGCCACCGGUCAUUCCUCCCGUUGUUAAACCUCCUAUCAACUUGCCCCCGGUCAUUCCUCCCAUUGUUAAACCUCCUAUCAACUUGCCACCGGUCAUUCCCCCCGUUGUUAAGCCACCCAUCAAAUUACCACCGGUCAUUCCUCCCAUUGUUAAGCCACCCAUCAACUUGCCACCGGUCAUUCCCCCCGUUGUUAAGCCACCCAUCAACUUGCCACCGGUCAUUCCCCCCGUUGUUAAGCCACCCAUCAACUUGCCACCGGUGAUUCCUCCCAUUGUUAAACCACCCAUCGAUCUUCCUCCAAUUCUUAUGCCGCCAGGUACCAGUAACCCACCAAAGGGAAGCGGCGGUAAACCAUGCCCACCACCACCGUCGUCAUCAAAAGGUGACACCUGCCCAAUUGAUACAUUGAAAUUGGGUGCUUGUGUUGAUCUUCUAGGCGGGUUAGUGCACAUUGGACUCGGAGACCCGGCUGUGAAUGAAUGUUGCCCAGUUCUUGCAGGACUUGUUGAGCUUGAAGCUGCAGCUUGCCUCUGCACAACUCUGAAACUGAAGCUUCUGAACCUUAAUGUCUAUGUCCCAAUUGCUCUUCAACUCCUUGUUACUUGUGGCAAAACUCCUCCUCCUGGUUACACUUGCUCUCUCUAGAUCCCAAGUUAAGUUAAUUCUACUAAACCCUAAUUUCAACUUAAAUAACCUACUUUAUUAUUUCUUAACUGCAUUGUUUUAUACGCUUAAGUGCGAUGGAAAGAAAUUUUUAAGCAGGUAUCUAAAUUUAAAAAUUGAUCCAUGAUACAAUAAAGUAACUAAUAAUAUAAUGGAUUUCGUUGUCCGAAAAUUAACUUAAGUAGUUUUCUGGAUUAUUAUAGUUUUAUCAAUUUUAUCUACUCACUAUUAAUCCUCAUUGCUUCCUUGCAUUGACAUAGAUUCAUCAUUUUGCUGAUUAGUUUUUUUCAGAAUCUUUAUGGCUGAAAACUGACCAAAUAUUUUCACUAAAAUCUUUUCUGACUAAGCAAUAAAACUAAUUUAUUUGAUUAAUUAAAGUGAAAGAUUUAUGUAAUUAAGUCAAAUUUAAGGCCAACUUUAAAAUUUGGAUGUUUUUUGUUCUCAUAUAUUAUAUAUAGCUAGCUAGUCUAAUGAUGUAUAUUGUGCAUGCAGGUUUGAAGAAUGUUAGAGUUGCAUGCAUGUUGAAAUCGACAUGAGAGGAUGUCGAGCCUCCCUAUCUCUCAAUUAAUCUCUUUUUCUUUUAUUUGUUUUAGUUUCUUGAUUGGUAAUGAUGAUGUUGGCUCAUAAUUGUACACCAUUUAAUUUUUAUUAUUGAUUUGAGAUUGUUGAA